AUGACUGAGUCGGAUGCUGAGUCGGAUGUCCUUGACCUGACGGGUCGAAGGUUACACAAGAUUGAGGUGCCACCAGGACUAGAUCCAGCCACCAUCAUAUGCGACAAAAACAAUGUAUCUAAGAUAGAAAAUCUGGAACGAUGCCACAACCUCAAACAGUUGUCCCUGUCUGGGAACAGACUGGUGAGAAUGACUGGAGUAGGGAAGCUUACAAACUUGACUGUUCUCAAUCUACCAAACAACAGUAUUGUAGCAGUCGAAGGUCUGAAAGAACUUGUGCAGCUUGAAUGGUUAAACUUGUCAGGAAAUAGCAUCAAGGCGAUUGAGAACCUGAACUCAAAUAUUACUCUGGGUCACCUGGAUCUGUCUGACAACAGUAUAUCAUCACUGUCGGAUAUAACACACCUGAGGAGUCUUCGGACACUUCUUCUCCAUGGCAACAUCCUGACAUCACUGAGAACAGUCCCGCAGCAUUUCCCAAAGUCUGUAGUCAUUCUGUCAUUGGCCGAAAAUGAAAUUGGAGACAUCAAUGAAGUGAUGUAUCUGUCUUGUUUGCCAUACCUGGAGCAGCUAUCACUGACCAACAACCCCUGUGUAUUGAUGACUGCCUCAACUCCUGGCUUUGAUAGCCGGCCUUUUAUUCUCAACUGGAUAAACUCCCUCAAGGUACUGGAUGGAUACCUCAUAACGGAGAAAGAAAGACUGAAGGCUGAGUGGAUUUACUGUCAGGGCAAAGGUCGUCACUUCAAACCCGGACAACAUGUAGAGGUUGUGGAAUACCUGGCGAGUGUUUGUCCACUCACUAACUCUGCUGAGCUGGAGUCCCAAGAAGAUGCCAAGCUAAGUAAAGUACUGUGUAAACAAAAACUACAUCAACGGGAGCUGACUCAAUCACAUCAGAGUAGCUACUCACACGAUCUGUCCUACUCAUCUACUCAGAGUACACUCAAUGACCUGUCAGGCACUGGGUUUACAGACACACUCACACAACCAGACACUAGUACAACAUACAACAGACCUGCGCGAGCAUUCUCGGACGUCAGCCACAACUCAUACAACAGACAGCCAGUACGAGCCUGGACCACUGCUGGUGGUUACAGUGAUGUUGGUCGAGAUAGUAAUGUAGCUACGCAGUGUAGUGACCUCAACAUUCAAGAGGUGACCCCUGAUGAUUAUGAUACAAGAAGUCAGACAAGUUUGUUGGAGUCAGAAUCAAUUUAUCUUCCUGUUUCGGAGGCUAGUACUUCAACCAAUCGUCCAAUGACAGCGCCUGUUAUUUCCGGCCAUUCACCGGCCACCAAUUAUCUGGCCCACAGAGAUAACCGGCCAGCGACGAUGAUGGAGUCUCGGUACGAAGCAUACAACAACAGGCCUAUCAAACCAAUGAAUUCCGAAGUGCUUAAAGGACUCCUAAAACCAAAAUUUGAUUAUUCACCUCCUCAGCAAUCAGGAAAUGAACCAGCCAUCGGAGCUAAGAAGAAAACCCCGCCAACUGCCCAAGCACAUGAUUAUGACACAAGUCAGGAAGUCUCCCAGAUGGAACAAAUUAUUAACCCGCCAAAAGAUACUAUCCCUGCCGAGAGUAUAAGUCAAAUCAAGGAAGUCGCAGAGAAAAGGUCUCGAAAGGGGUCAGGGUCAUCUGGAUCCACAAAGUCUGGUGCUACCUCACACAUUACACAAAAUGCUGCUAAAAGUAAUAUCCCAAUAUCAAAGGGAGUUAAUGUGAUACGGACUCAUUCAGACUACCUCCCAGGUAAAUACGCUGCCACAGUGAGGAAGGUUAGUGGAGAAAAUCUGGGAGACAAACGGACAAAGGCACAUUUACCUGAUAAAGUGGUUGUGAUGGAAAAAAGUGAGAGUAAUCGUGAUGUAAAGACAAGUGUGAGAGAUUCGGGCGUGUAUUCCCGCCCCGUUAGUGAUGCUGUAUUGGGAGAUUAUAGCCCUGAAGAUCACAAAGCUGCAAUAAUGAUCCAGUCUUUGUGGAGAGGAUAUCGUACACGGUGUAAGAACUCCGAGGUGGUGUCCAUUCGCAAGGAAAUUCGGGCCCGCAGAGCUGAGGACCACAUCAUACUGUUGCGUUCAGAGCUGGACAGACAGAAGAAAUUGUAUGAUGAAGAGAAACACUUACGAUGUCUACAAAUGGAGGCCAUCAGAUUUCUCUGGAAGGAGGUCCAGUCAUUACAGCAUUGGAAAACAGAGGUUCUUACUUCACAGUCAUUCAAGGGAACACUGGGCUCAACGCGCGGAACAGAGGACAGUUCAUAUAAUUACAGCCAGGAGAUCCAGAAUACCCUCCAGAGAAUGGACUCAUUAAACUCUGGACAUGGCAGUGUCCCUGAGGUGGACCUCGAGAAACAUCGGCAGCUAGAGAAGACCUGUGCCGACCUUCAGAGUCAGGUGUCCCAGCUCCAGACAGCCCUACAGUCAGUGUCGAGUGUUGUGUUCCAGAGUGGUUUGUUUACUGGUGGUAACGAUACAACAGAAGAGAGUGCAUCCCUCUUAGUGACAGGGUUUGAAGAUGAUGACAUUUCCAGCUGUGAUGACGAGUCCAGUAUAGGGGGCCCAAGAUGGGGGUCAAUACCUAACUCCCUAUCACCGUACCCAUCUGAGGAAGAGGAAGCCUAUUUCUCCUCUGUCCCUCAGCCAGGCCUUCCAACACCUCCUCGUAACCUUCGACUGGAACACAAGGGUGAGACCUCAAUUGUCAUCUCCUGGCAGCCGUCUAAAAUACUGGACGUAUUUAACAAGGAAGUCAACCAGCCAUUACUGGGGUAUCGUGUGUACGUAGAUGAGAAACCAACAUCCAUGCUCGCCAGCAAUCUCCUUAGAGCACUGAUUCAUGGAUUGGAUACGCAGCUCACAUACAAAAUUUAUUUGAAGGCAGUGUCAUCCCUAGGGGAGUCAAACACAUCCAACAUAUUAAUGGCGGGUGUUUCACAAGGAAGUAGCUUGCCGCGUAAUCCGUCCCUAAGUAGCGACAGUGACGAAAGUGACGAGAAAGAUUCGACAGAAAGUUCGGAUGUUGCACGCAAUCAUGUAUUUACUCGUCGUAGUGGUCGCCAGCGAAGGACUAAAUCUCCUAGACAAGAGAAACGUCAGGCACAUGCUCGUGGCAAGGAGUCUAGUGCAAGUGAUCAGGAAAAUGUAAAGGAACGACCUAGUUCAAAGUCAGAACGACCAGGAAGUUCAAGGUCAAACAAUAACAGUGAUGGAAUUUUUGUUCAACCGAAAUUGCAUACACAUCGACGCAAUCGUAGUCGAGAUUCACCUAAUGAUGGAUUAACUAUUGGUGUGCAAGAGCCGCCACAUCCGAUACCAAAGGAAUCACACCAGUCACCACCUGCAGGUAGUCGGUUCAAGGAAAACUCGCUCAGUGCAUCAAAAAUGUCAGAAACAUUUAUCAUUGAUAGUCAGAAUUCUCUGUUGUCUGCCAUCGCAGCCACAAAAGCUGCCAUACAGGGUGCUGAUGGUGUGAAGGAACAAUUUGUAAAAACUCACCGUCGAACGCGAAGUAAAGAGAAAGUUACAGAGAUGCCCUCCACAGAGGUAAGCCUUGUUGAAUCUCCUGGGUCAUUGUCUAGUGCUCCAAACAUUAGUGUGAAUUCAUCUCCAGAGGCAAAAAUUCUCAAUGUGCCAACGCAAGAUGCUGGUGCAAUUCCAAACGAAUCUACACAAAAGGGUCAUAGGCGAACUCGAAGUAAGGACAUGCAGAAUUCAGCAUAUGAGUGGAGAAAGGACAUAGAUAGCACCACAAAUGUAAGGGAUGUGAAAAAAGCAUGGUCGAAGGAGACAAAUAGUGAAACUCAUGGUAUACCUGUGAUAGAUGCCAGUAAAAGGCAUGGCAGUCGUCCCAGUAGUCCUGCGCCCUCAGACAUCUCAGAAACAAAGUCACAAGUGGACAGAAAAAAGAGUGUUGCAGACUUAUUAGAACAGCGAUUAUCAAACAAACCAGUGUCCCCAUUAGAGGGGGGUGAUGUCACUAAUAAAGCAGCACUUCCUCCACGCGUGCGCAGGAUCGCAAGUAACGAGGAUGUGUCUGAUGGUGGUAGACGCACUCCCUCAAAAACGGCCUCCCCAACAUAUGUUGACCGAAGAAGGUCACCAUCCAACGGCUCAGAGAGUGAUGUUGGUGAAUCCUCAGCUGCAAGGCAUUUAGAUAUGGAUGGAGGUAAUCGAACAAAUAACACAGGCAUUGUGUCAAAACUCUUACAAAAGUUACAGAACAUAUCAAAAACCCAAGGGGAGACUAUGAGGGAACGAGGAACAAAAAUUAAACUGAAGUCAACAAGUGAGGUGCCCUCUGGUAACGAGGAAGGUGUAGUUCACAGGAGACAGCGUCAGCUCAGUGGCAGUGAAAGUGAGCCAGUGGCAUCCUGCAUACCAGUGACAGAAAAACCUGCUCCGCAUCACCAUAGUGAUAAUUCCUCAGGGAACCAAUCAGAUGAUCCACAGGGCCCGCGUCGUCACCACAAGACUCACAGAAGGUAA